AUGGCACCAAGUAAUUCAGAAAAUAAAGAAUCGACGGAUCCAAGAUUUGCUAAAAUCUAUAAUGACCCAAAAUUUAGAAAGACCAAAAACAAAGAUUUAAAGAUUAAGUUGGAUGAUAGAUUUAGUAAAAAAGAUUUGGAAAUCAGACGUAAGUCUAAAGUUGACAAAUAUGGUAGAAAAUUAGCUGAUUCUAAGGGUAAUGAAAAAGAAAUGAAUGAUUUCGAUAAGUAUUUUGAAAAAGAUGAUGAAAAGAAGGAAUCAGAGGAGAUUGCAACCGAAAAAUCUGUCUCUGUUGAAGAAAAAGAGGAUGAAGAAGAAGAACGAAAGGAAACAGAACUUGAGGACGAUACCAAUAUUGAUCGUGCUCGUGGUGAUGUUCCAGCAGAUUACGUUAGUUCGUCAGAUGAAUAUACAUCCUCCGAAUCAGAAGCUUCUGAUGAAGAGGAAUUAGAUAGCGAUGUCGAAUCUGGCGAAGAAGUCACAACUCAGGAACCUGAAUCUGGUGAACCAUCAAAAACAUUGGCCGUGGUGAAUCUAGAUUGGGAUCAUGUUAAAUCGUCCGAUUUAAUGAUUACCUUUUCCAGUUUCUUACCUGAAGGUGGUAGAAUUGAAAAUAUAGCUAUUUAUCCUAGUGAAUUUGGUAAAGAAAGAAUGCAACGUGAAGAUGUAGAAGGUCCACCAAAAGAAUUAUUCCAAAAGAGGAAAAAGAAAACUAGUAAAUCCAAAAAGAUCUCGGAUGAAGCUAAUGAUAGUGAUGUUUCAGAUGUCGACAUUAAGGAUUUAUAUGAAGAAGGUGAUGCAGACAAGGAUGUUGAUACCAAGGCGUUACGUCAGUACCAACUGGAAAGAUUGAGAUACUACUAUGCAGUUGUGUAUUGUAAUAAUAUUGAAACAGCUACUGCUAUUUACCAAAAUUGUGACGGUACAGAAUAUGAAUCUACAGCAAAUAUGUUUGAUUUAAGAUACGUUCCAGACGGAAUGGAUUUUACAGAUGAACCAAGAGAUCAAUGUGAUUCCCUUCCAAAAAAUUAUAAACCACAUCAAUUCAGUACCGAUGCACUACAACAUUCCAAUGUUAAAUUGACAUGGGAUGAAACUCCUGUGGAAAGACAGGAAGUUGCUAAGAGAGCUUUCACCCAAAAGGAAAUUGAUGAUAUGGAUUUUAAAGCAUAUUUAGCUUCAGACAGUGACGGUUCAGAAGAUGAACUCAACGAAGACGCAAAAAACAAAUUGAAAGCUCUUGUGGGAGGAGGAGGAUUUGGAUCUAGGGAGAUAUUUGGUGGUAAAGGAGCUAAGGCUGGAGAAGAUGAAGAUGAGGUCGAUAUGGAAAUUACAUUCAACCCUGCUUUAGAUGAAAAUAGUCCUAAGGAAGACGGUGAGCAUGAAGAAACUACAAUUGAAAAAGUUGCUCGUAAAGAGAAGGAACGUCGUAAGGCAAGAAAACAAAAACUAAAAGAGUUGAAAACUAAAGCUCAACAAGAGAAAAAAGAUAAACUAAAAUUAUCUAAGAAUAAGAAGAACCACACCAAGGAAGAUGAUGCUGAAGCUAAAAAGAACCAAAAAUCUAGAGCUGAACUGGAGUUACUAAUGAUGGACGACGACGAGGAGACAGGGAGUACGAUAAAUAACAAAGCACAUUUCAACAUGAAUGAAAUCUUGAGAUCUGAAAAGGAGAAGGGUAAGAGGGGUAAAUAUCAAAAUAAAGAUAAAAUUGUUGAAGAUGAAUUUAAACCAGAUCUAAAUGAUCCAAGAUUCAAGGAAGUUUUUGAAGAUCACGAUUUUGCCAUUGAUCCUUCCAGACCUGAAUUUAAGGAAACGAAAGCUAUGAAGGAAAUUUUGAAAGAGCGUAGUAAACGUAUACAUAAGAAAGGAUCUAAUAAAAAGAGAAGACUGUCAAUAACAGAAAAUGCUGGAGCCGAAUCAAGUGAUAUAACUAAUAUAGUCAAUAAGUUGAAGACAAAAAGUACCAGUAAAAGCAAAAAGAGCAAGAAAAGUGAAUAUUUAAAAUAA